AUGUCUAAGGCUGUUGGUAUUGAUUUAGGUACUACCUACUCCUGUGUUGCACACUUUGCUAACGACAGAGUUGAAAUUAUUGCAAAUGACCAAGGUAACAGAACCACUCCAUCUUUCGUUGCUUUCACUGAUUCCGAAAGAUUAAUUGGUGAUGCUGCUAAGAAUCAAGCUGCUAUGAACCCAGCUAACACCGUUUUCGACGCCAAGAGAUUAAUUGGUAGAAAAUUCGAUGAUGCUGAUGUCCAAGGUGACAUGAAGCACUUCCCAUUCAAGGUUGUUGACAAGGGAGGAAAGCCAAACAUUCAAGUUGAAUACAAGGGUGAAACCAAGGUUUUCACUCCAGAAGAAAUCUCUUCUUUCAUCUUGACCAAGAUGAAGGAAACCGCUGAAGGUUUCUUGGGUACCAAGGUUAACGAUGCCGUCGUUACCGUCCCAGCUUACUUCAACGAUUCCCAAAGACAAGCUACUAAGGAUGCUGGUUUAAUUGCUGGUUUAAACGUUAUGAGAAUCAUUAACGAACCAACCGCUGCCGCCAUUGCUUACGGUUUAGAUAAGAAGGAUGACACUGAAAAGAAUGUUCUUAUUUUCGAUUUAGGUGGUGGUACUUUCGAUGUUUCCCUUUUAUCUAUUGAAGAAGGUAUCUUCGAAGUCAAGUCUACCGCUGGUGACACCCAUUUAGGUGGUGAAGAUUUCGAUAACAGAUUAGUUAACCACUUUGUUAACGAAUUCAAGAGAAAGAACAAGAAGGAUAUCUCCACUAACCAAAGAGCCUUAAGAAGAUUAAGAACUGCUUGUGAACGUGCUAAGAGAACCUUAUCUUCUUCCGCUCAAACCUCCAUUGAAAUUGACUCCUUAUACGAAGGUGUUGACUUCUACACCUCAAUCACCAGAGCUAGAUUCGAAGAAUUAUGUCAAGAUUUAUUCAGAUCUACUUUAGACCCAGUUGAAAAGGUCUUGAGAGAUGCCAAGUGUGACAAGUCUCAAGUUGACGAAAUUGUUCUUGUUGGUGGUUCUACCAGAAUUCCAAAGGUUCAAAAGUUAGUUUCUGACUUCUUCAACGGUAAGGAACCAAAUAAGUCUAUCAACCCAGAUGAAGCUGUUGCUUACGGUGCCGCUGUCCAAGCUGCUAUCCUUUCUGGUGACACUUCUUCCAAGACUCAAGAUUUAUUGUUAUUGGAUGUUGCUCCAUUAUCUUUAGGUAUUGAAACUGCCGGUGGUAUUAUGACUAAGUUGAUUCCAAGAAACUCUACCAUCCCAACCAAGAAGUCUGAAACCUUCUCAACUUACGCUGACAACCAACCAGGUGUCUUAAUUCAAGUCUUUGAAGGUGAAAGAGCUAAGACUAAGGAUAACAACAUCUUAGGUAAGUUCGAAUUGUCUGGUAUUCCACCAGCUCCAAGAGGUACUCCACAAAUUGAAGUUACCUUCGACAUUGAUGCCAAUGGUAUCUUAAAUGUUUCCGCCUUAGAAAAGGGUACCGGUAAGACUCAAAAGAUUACUAUCACUAACGAUAAGGGUAGAUUAUCCAAGGAAGAUAUCGAAAGAAUGGUUAACGAAGCUGAAAAGUUCAAGGAAGAAGAUGAAAAGGAAGCUACCAGAGUUCAAGCCAAGAACGGUUUAGAAUCAUACGCUUACUCCUUAAAGUCUACCUUAGGUGAAGAUACCUUCAAGGAAAAGCUUGAUGCUUCUGAAGUUGAAGAAGUUACCAAGGCUGCCGAUGAAACCAUUGAAUGGUUAGAUUCUAACCAAACCGCCACUGCCGAAGAAUUCGCUGACAAGCAAAAGGAAUUAGAAGGUAAGGCCAACCCUAUCAUGACCAAGGCUUACCAAGCUGGUGCCGCUCCAGGUGGUGCUGCUCCAGGUGGAUUCCCAGGUGCCGCUGGUGGUGCUCCAGAACCUUCUGCUGAUGGACCAACCGUCGAAGAAGUUGAUUAA